CCGGCCCGCCUCCCAGCUCACCACAACACAGCAUCACACAACUUGACAUCCUACUGUGAGUCAUCGGCGAUUCAGCGAGCAGCACACCUGACCAACCGAACUCUGUAGCCACCAAGAACCGAGGAGGAGCAGGAGAAGGACGGACAUGGCGGCAGCAGCGAAGGCGUCGUGGAUGGUGGCGAUGAGUGUGGGCGCCGUGGAGGCGCUCAAGGACCAGGCGGGGCUCUGCCGCUGGAACUACGCGCUGCGGUCCAUCCACCAGGCCGCCAAGGCCAACGCUCCCAGCUUCGCACAGGCCAAGAAGAAGCUGGCGCCGGCGGAGAGGAGGCGGGCGGACAAGGCCGAGGAGGGGAUGAGGACCGUCAUGUACCUCAGCUGCUGGGGCCCUAAUUAGUUAUUGGGCAUAGUUGCUUAGGUCCUCUAGCUCUUUUCCAGCUUUCAGUAACCCAGAUCGGUCCUCUGGUUGUAAAAAUAUGACCACGAUGAUGAUGAUGAAAAGUUCUGUUUCUUCAUUCUGAGUAUAUGAAUGAAUGCUUCUGCCUUCUGUAA